UUUUAUUUAUGACGUGUUAUAGAGGAGCUGUGACGUUGAGGAGGCAGUGCGCAGUAAUACCAAAAUGCAACAUGUGCAUUAGGACACGUCGGGGAACUACUUUUAAAAAAAGACGCACGUUUCCUUGUGCUGGCGCUCCUAAUUGGUAAAGAAAUACAGACUAACUACACAUUAGUAUUUCUAUUGCACUACAAAUCUACAAACAACAACAAGCCACCUUGAUCAUUAUAUUGAAAUUAAACAAUAAAAAAUCAGGAGCUCUAACUCUACCUGUCUGGGAGGUGGGGCAGUAUAAAAAUAGAGGUUGUGUAUUUGCACUUCAGUGUGGUUCUUAAAUCAAGUCAAACAGUGUUUGUGACAUGAAUAUGGAUUAGUCGUUGUGUCUCCCACUCUGACCUCUGACCUCUGAACCAUGACCUGGUCCCUGCAGUGCUUUGGCCUAGAGCCAGUCCACCUGCUGCUGAGCUAUCUUUACCUGAGAUUAUCAGCAGGGAGACUUCCUGUUGUUCCUUUAGAGAGCUGCUGGUCUCACAGCAGCAACAUGUCCUUCAACUCCGUAGCCGGCGGCAACGCCCCCUGGAGGAACAGCAGUCUGCUGCUGGGGGGCGGGCGGGACCCCCCUCUGUCUGACCAGGGAGAGACCAUCAUCGGAGUGUACCUCCUGCUGCUGGGGUGGUUGUCCUGGUUUGGAAACAGCAUCGUCCUCUUCGUUCUGUACAGACAGAGAGCUAACCUGCAGCCCACCGACUACCUGACCUUUAACCUGGCCGUGUCUGACGCCAGCAUCUCCGUGUUCGGAUACUCCAGAGGCAUCAUCGAGAUCUUCAACGUCUUCCAGGGCAGCGAUUACCUCAUCUCCUCUAUCUGGACCUGCCAGGUGGACGGGUUCUUCACACUGGUGUUUGGACUCAGCAGCAUCAAUACCCUGACGGUGAUCAGCAUCACACGCUACAUCAAAGGCUGUCACCCCAACAGAGCUCGUCACAUUAGUAGAACCAGCGUGUCCAUCAGCCUGCUGCUCAUUUGGAUCACAGCUGGGUUCUGGUCUGGAGCGCCGCUGCUUGGCUGGGGGAGCUACAAAGAUCGAGGCUAUGGGACCUGUGAGAUCGACUGGGCCAAGGCCAACUAUUCUAGUGUCUACAGGUCCUACAUCAUCUCCAUCCUCAUCUUCUGCUUCUUCCUCCCGGUGCUCAUCAUGCUCUUCUGCUACGUGUCCAUCAUCAACACAGUGAAGAGGGGCAACGCCCUGUCAGCUGGGGGGGAUCUGAGCGACAGGCAGAGGAGGAUCGAAAGGGACGUCACCAUCGUCUCCAUAGUGAUCUGCACAGCCUUUAUCCUGGCCUGGUCUCCGUACGCGGUGGUCUCCAUGUGGUCCGCGUGGGGCUUCCACGUGCCCAACCUCACCAGCAUCUUCACUCGCCUCUUUGCUAAGUCCGCCAGCUUCUACAACCCCCUCAUCUACUUCGGACUCAGCUCCAAGUUCCGCAAAGACGUGGGCGUGCUGCUGCCCUGCACGCGGGACUCCAAGGACACCGUGAAGCUGAAACGCUUCAAAUCCAAGGCUGAGGCCCACGGGCGCCUCCGGGUCCCCCUCAACCGGACGGAACGCAAGUACUCACCCGGGUUCCUGCCCGCCCCGAGCCCCCCCAGGCCCGACUGUGACAGAAGGAGAACCCCCGGCACGCCGCCGCCCAUCAACAAGGAAGUGAUCCACAUGCCCCGCCCCUCUGACCCCGGGCCUGAGUUUGAAUGUGACAGACUCUGAUGGAGGGGUGUGAAUAUUUAUACAUUAUAUAUGUUUAUUAUACAAUACCAGUCAAAAGUUUGGACACACUUUCUCAUCGAAUUGAAUAAGAAAAUGUGUCCAAACUUUUUAAAUGGUACUGUAUAUUUUAUUUAAACAUAUGCCAUAUACGUAUGUAGUGGUUAUAUAUAUACAUAUAUGAUUAAUGGUAUAUAUAAUAUUAUAUAUACAUCUGACUGCGAUUGAAGACUAAAUGGGGCGUAACAAUGCAAACGUGUAUUACAUGAGAACGUGGUUUGUAUUUAAGGUGUAGGAAAAAAAAUAACAAUAAAAAGCUGAAGAAGGUGGCUGUC